AUGGACGGCAACGACAAUCAUCAUGCAGCUGUCUUCGCGUCUGCGUCCGCAUCACCGGGAGUCGAAGAAACUCAGACCUCCAAUCUAACGUCCAUGCCUCCGGCGACCCGUGCGAUAUAUGAAGACUUCAGGGAUAAAUUAGAGUCUCUACGAGCUGUCAUUUCCAAGAAGGGCGACGAAGAUGACCUGGAUGACGCUUUGACGCUUGCAAGAGCGCUUAGACAAUUGACAGCACCCCUGAUGUCCACCAUCAAGCAAGAAGGAUCUGCGGUAUUUAGGGAAGAGACCAGCGACACUGCUGCCGGCCCUGACUGGCUGGAAGAUCAACGAAGUUAA